GUUCGAUGUCAAGUAAAAGACAAAAAGGGUGAAAUAGAAACUCGGUUAUAUUUUGAACAAAAAAAAGAAAUUCGGUUAUCUAAGUUGACUCUACCAACACAAACACACACAGAAAAUUUCCCAGCCCGAGAUCUCGUAACUCCUAGCUCUCUUCACCUUCUCGUAAAUCUAUUCCCUGAUCAGAUUUGGCCUCUUCUGGAUAUGUCAAUGGCGAAAGAUACCCCCUCGCCACCGCCCGAAAUGCCCUUUCUCUUAGAUUCCAAAAGUCAAUUGCUGAUUGUGUAAAUAUAUAUAUUAGUUUGUGGAGGUGUUUUGUGAAAUAUCCGGCAAAGACUACCGAUUCACGGCUGGGACCAAGGCCGAGUUUGCUGUGUCCGUCAUCAAUCGGAAACUUGGUUCCUCCAAAUACAAAUCCAAAUCCAAAGCACAUUACAUCGAAGCGGCAAAGGAAGGUGAAGAGCCUAUCAGUUUCGUUGAUGGUGCUUCUCUUGUGAGUUACAGACAUGGUUGGAGGCUUAAAACAGUGAUUGCCGAUUCUGAUUUGCUUGGAACUGAGAAAGAGGAGGACACUUUCCAGAGACAGUUUCCUUCUUUCUUAUCAACUGGGGAGAUGGUUUCAAUCUGAUGAAGACAGUCCGACCAGAUGAGUUUUGUUCUUCAUAACAUAAAGACUCAAUCCUAUCCAUCGCUAACAGCAUCGACAACCAGACGAGGUCUUGCUUCUCUUAAACAAGACCAUUGCCACGACCACAGUAGUAUUAUCACAACAAACUUGCAUUCGACUUCAGUAAUUGAAGAAGGACUCACGAUUUAGAGCUUUACAAAACAAUUCCAAUGGUCUGUUGCAUUGCUAAUUGCAGAACGAUUAAGAUCUUAAUGGGAUAAUACUGUCAGAGAUAAGGUAAACCUUCUCUUCUCCUGAAAGCAUAUGCAAAUCCGUUUGUUCAGUCGGUUUCAUUCCUUUCUGUAUCCGGUCCUUUGGUUUUCUGAUUUUCAAUUUUGGUUUUCUUAAUUAUGAGAUAUUAAGCCCAUAUAAUUAGAUAACUAGAUAGAUAUUAAGCCCAUAUAAUUAGAUUACUUGCGCAAGAUUUGCAUAUUACUAACUUUCCUUAUUAUUCUAAUCAAUUACUUGCGGAAGUUGUUUUCGUAUUUAUUAUAUUACUUGCGCAAGUUAAAAUCAUAUAAUAUGCAAAUCAAUUUAUGACAAUACACAGUUAAAAUCUUUCUUUAAACGAUUUCAAUCUUUAUUAGGGGUCAUUAAUAUGAUAAAUAAAUCGGCUUAAUAUAUAUAUGGCAUACCCGAAUGGUUAAAAUACAAACAUUCAGCUCUAACAAGAACAAUGGCAAUGGUGCGAGCAAAAAAAAAUAUUGUUUCUUUAGUGAGAGAAUUAAAACCACGUAAAGAUACGUCCCGUAUUGAAGUUAUGAUUCUUCGCUUGUGGAGAAACUAUAACAAAGAAUCAGGAAACACCAUUGAAAUGGUGGUUGUUGAUAAAGAAGGGACAAGAAUUCAUGCUUCAGUUGGUGAACAACUCAUCAAAAAAUUCGAUGACAAGCUACGCGAGGGAGAUGCGAUUGUCCUCCAGUUGUUCAAAGUGUACGAUGCUACUGGUGAAUACCGUACGACACCACAUCCUUACAAAAUUGGCUUCUUUCACACAACAUUUGUUGGAAUAGCUGAUGAUUUUCCAAGUGCAGUUCCCGAAAAGUAUUUCGCGGACUUCUCUGAUAUUCUUGGUUGGUUGAUGUGGUUGGCCAAAUAGUUAACUUCGAGUCUCUGGAAAACAAAAUAAUAAAAGGAAAAGACAACAUGAGGCUCUUGGUUGAGUUGCGUGACCCAAAUAAUGUGAAGAUGAUGUGUACUCUGUGGGGUAGUUAUGCUAAACAAGUAUACGAUUACAGUAGGAGUAACAUGUCCACCAUGAUCAUUUUUGUGAUCAGAUUCUGUUCUGUUAAAGAGUGGAAAGGUGCUUACUCCAUAUCUAGCGGGUAUAAUUCAACCCAUAUCCUGCUCAACCCAACACUUGAUUUUAUUGAGGAGUUCAAAGCAAGUCUCCCUGAUGAUUCACUUGCUCUUACGAACAACGAUAGUAGCCAAUGGUCUGUUGGUACUGCUACUUCUAUUCGUGCCAGGUUUUUUGUUCUUAAUGAGAGGCUAACCAUCGGAGAGAUCAUUGAUAGCUCUGUGGUUGGCACUUUUGUUACUCUGGGGACCAUUGAAACAAUUGAUACUGAACGUGGCUGGCAAUAUCUAAGUUGCAAAUACCACAACAAAAAAGUGAUGCCUACAACCAAUGUUGAUGCUGAUGACCGGCCCUUGUUCUUCUGCAAUACGUGUGACAAAGAACACAGUGAUGUUAUUUCCAGGUUCAAAUUAAUUGCCAAUGUCAAGGACGAUAGCGGUGAGGCUAAUUUUCUGUUGUUUGAUGCUAAUGCUCAAGCAAUUGUGCGUCAUUCUGCUGCUGAACUCUAUGACGAGAAUGAAGAUGAAGACUUCUUACCUGAAGCAGUGAGCGAUCUCUUUGGUAAGAGAGUCCUUUUUGAGAUUUCAGUUGACGCUGAUAACAUCAAAGGAAAGAGUUCUCAGUAUGUUGUUCGAUUGGCUACUGAUGACCGUGAAAUGGUUGAGGAAUUUGCUGAUUUGCCUCCUAAAUCUAACCCGGUACUAAUGUUGGAGUCCGCAGAUGAUAUUUCCUCUGGUUCUGGUGGUUUUACAGCAACUCCUUUGUCCAAAAGAAAAAGCGAACAAGAUGACGACAGUUGCCUUGAGGAUCAACACUCUGUUAACAAGAAACUCUCUCAAAAAAAACUCAAGGGCGAGUGAGCUGUCUCUUUUUGAUGAGUUGCUGUCCUUUAUAGUGUUAUGGCUUUGUUUUUGCUUCAUUUUUUAAAACUUUGUCUGAGUAUCUUUGUCUUUGGUUUUGUUUAAGAUUUGGUCCGACCAUCUUUGUUUUUUGCUUUUAAUUGGAAUAAAAAUUUAUCAAGUUCCAAUCUAAA